AUGGCGGCAGCUUGUCAUGCGGACUGCGGAGCAGAGGAUGGGAGGGCUUGCUCCGAACCCCAUGACGCCACUUGCUCUGGACCCCAGAUCUGGGUGGCGCAGCCCCUGUUGGGGGCGGUGGCGGCCUUGGGUGCUCGCGCGCCUACUGGUGAGGCACCUGCAGCUUAUGGCGGCAGAUGGCAGCGAGGUGUCGGCGACGUUGUCCCUUUGGGCGCCGGCGGGUGUGGUGGAGGACGAUGGCGGCUUAAGAGUCAACGGCCAGUCCUCGGCAACGAGAAGGCGGAUCUAGCGGACGUGGUUCUGUAG